GGCGGUCACACCAAAUAUAGUGAAAGUGCGUAACACAAGAUCGCGCAAAAACAAACUCCUCCUUUCGCUCUGAAACUCUCGCGCAGUAGGGGAAAGCUCUCUCUCAUCUCCUCGUCGCUAGUUAAGUUAUGGCGUGGAGCAUCCGAUCCAAACCGGUCCUUGUCGUGCUUCUCCUACAGUUGUGCUUCCUGCUCAUCUCUCCGUCGCUCGCAAUUUCUCCAGAGUCUCCUGAUGGUUACACCAUUCAUGGCCGAGUGAAGAUCCCGAGUCUGGGGGUGAAAGGGUUUGGUCUUCAUGGAAAAAUAUCUAAUAUCAAAGUCAUACUAAAUGGUGGCCAAAGUGUUACCUAUCUGAGGCCUGACGGGUUUUUCUCAUUCCAUAAUGUACCUGCAGGGACUCAUCUAAUUGAAGUGUCUGCAAUAGGUUAUUUCUUUUCUCCGGUCCGAGUUGAUGUUAGUGCCAGAAACCCAGGCAAGGUUCAGGCAGCACUGACUGAGAAUAGGAGGGGUCUACUUGAAUUUGUUUUAGAGCCACUGAGGGAGGAACACUAUUAUGAGAUAAGGGAACCCUUCUCCAUAAUGUCUGUCGUAAAGAGCCCGAUGGGUUUGAUGGUUGGAUUUAUGGUGAUUGUUGUGUUUGUGAUGCCCAAACUAGUGGAGAACAUGGAUCCUGAAGAAAUGAGGCGAACCCAAGAAGCAAUGGGAAAUGGAGGGCUGGCAAGCAUGUUACCGGGUGCUGCUGCGAGGAAUUAAACAGUUGAAUAGAAAUCCACAACCCUCUAUGCAGAUGGAGCACUUGUGUUUUCUAGAUCAGGAGCUGAGAUAUUGUGUACCAUUAUGCCCUAGGGGUUUUGUUUUAUUCCCAGCAAAACUGAUACUGUAGCAUUAUUAUUCUUUGAAGCUAAGAAACGCGAUGUUAUCAUGCCGACAAUACAUUUUUGUUUCUGUAUUAAUGUUAACUUGAUUUCUACGUUUCUGAUGAA